UGGUCGCGGUGCGUGUCGGGAAGGCGGAUCCAGGGAGUGGGAGGAGGCUGCUACAGUGUUUGUGUGUAUCUCGGCGCUUCCUCAAAGCGGUAUAACCAGGAGGGGAGCCAGAGAGGGGUCGUGAAUAUUCCUCACACGGACUGUGACAUCCCCCCCUGAGCAGUGGGACCGGCCAUGAACGACACCGCUCAGCUGUGCGGCCCCGGGGAAGGCGACAGGGUGAGUGGGAGGCGGUGUGACGUGGGUGUUGGUCAUUACGUCAUUCAAUAACUACAACUCCCAGCAGCCCCUCUGCCACCGGCACAUUUAGACGUUUAGUGGCGCUAAUCGUUCUCUGUACAGUCACAGCAGCUUCUCCACAGCAGGUGUAAACUGUUUUCUCUAAGGAAGCCAUUACAUGAUGGAGCCUGAAAUUAUCCGAAUGUAUUCAUCUUCCCCUCCUCCUCUUGACAGUGUGGCUGACGAUGAUGAUGAAGAUGAGUUUGGCGAAUUUGGGGACUUCUCUGGAGUCGGUAACUCUGGAAUGGGUUUCGCUGAAUUUGCAACUGUCGGUUAUUCCAAAACCCAAGAGGAAUUUAUUCCAGCUAAACCUGUUUUGCCUAUUCAGGAUUACUCUGACAGUUUGAACAACUUCACUAGCCUUACUGCUGUCAAAGACACGGAGAACAUCUUGGAGACUGAUUCAAAGAAAGGACAACAUGGAGACGUAGACACACAUGGAAGUUAUGAAUCAAAUCUGUUUAAUGUUCCUGCAUUUGAUGAUAAAGGAAACUCCGGAGAGAAAAUAAAAAAGGCUGAUUUGUAUUCAAACUUUGUCAGUCCUGUGUCUUCUGGUGAUGAUACCGAGUUCACAAGCAGAAGCCUUGAUUCACUCAAUGUCACUUGUAAUGGUGAGAAGGUGCACUCUGAGGAGAACCUUACAAAUGGCUUUGCAGCAGGUGAUUCUGUUAAUCCUCAGGGAAUAGAAGAUCGGGACAGCAUUGAUGAUUCCAAGGGAUAUAAUACCAUUGCUAACCAUAAUACUGACCCAAGCAGUAACUUUUUAACCAGUACUGCAGUGGACUUUGCAGAUUUUUCCACAUUUUCAAAAAAAGACUCUAUACAUUUAGGGGGCACAGAGCUUCAGUCACACAAAGGUAUAUAUGAAGGGCAAGAUUUAAGUAUUACAAGUAGAAGUCCAUUAAGUAGUGUAGAAAAUGGUAGCCCCCAAAUAAAGGAUGUAGUUACACCUAUCUCUGGAAACGGGGAUGGAAUUAAUACCUUAGUUCUUUCAAAUUGCACUUCAGAAACAGGAUUAAUCAUAGCCAACAAUGUUGCACCCCAUGACAAUGUUGUGAUUGCAACAGACAUUGAUGCUGCUGAUAAAACUCCUGUACCAUUAGCAGCCACGGAGGAAACCAUUGGCAAACUUGCAGACGGGGAGGUGAAUGAAGAAGUGUUAGAAACCACUGAUGAGCACGGUUGUACCUCUCAUAAUAAUGCAGUCGGACGCACAGAGAAUGUUAAACAAUCAACGAGCAGCAUAGAUAAUGGUGAGCAUAGUUUGACAAUCGACAGUAGUGUGUCUGAAGCUCCUUGUGCAAAUUCACUUCCAUGUUUUACAGACUCAAGUGACUCCAAUAACACCUCGAAUGGAAUGUCGGAUGAUAAAGAAAAUGAUUUGAGUGAUAAUUUGGGGGAUUUUAAUGAGACCAAUGCAACCCCAUUCCAAGCGGAGAUAAAACCAGCUGUGGAUGAACAGUUGACGUUUUCAGGCCUUGGUGUUAAAUGUCCCGAGGCAGAUAAAGAGGAGGAGUUUAGUGAGUUUGGAGACUUUGGUUCACUUGCAAAAGAUGAUGAGCAAAAUUUGCAAGACUUUGAUGAUUUUGCAGACUUUAGCUCUGCCACUAAUAUUAAACCUCAUUCAGAUUGGAAUGCUUUUGACGAUGACCAUUCAGAAGGGCCUUCAUGGGCAGUGUUUGUAGAUGAAAAGGACUCUUUAGUUCCAGACUCUGAGACCUGGACUUCACAUAGGACAGAUGUACAAUCUAGCUCUGGAGAGUGGGACGUUAAAACAGAAAAUAUCAAUUUACCCAUAUUCCCGGAGUCUGGAUUAACUUCUGUCACUGAUCAAUCAACAGAUGCCUUUCAGCAAUCGUUACAGAGCCGUUUUGAUCAAGUCAUCCAGGUUUGUUUUCCUCUUCCUCCUCUUUUUCAAGUAGGAGAAAAUAUAUCCUGCUUGGAUCACUGGCUUAAAGUAGAGGCAAAUGAAGAAGCUGCAAAACCCAUGCCUAGCAUAAGAGAAGUGCUGGACAUCUGGGCUGAUCUGCAAAAGAUCCACGAUGCUUAUGGACUAAAAUACCAGUGGGGCGGCUCUCACAGCAACAAGAAACUUCUCCGCUCCCUUGGAAUUGACACAAGGAACAUACUUUUUACAGGCAACAAAAAGCAGCCCGUCAUUGUACCCAUGUAUGCAGCCAGCCUGGGUAUGCUAGAACCAACAAAGCCUUUAUCUGCUGCUGAAAAGAUCGCAUCUAUAGGGCAAUCUUCUCCUGUUCCUCCAGAAGAAUUAAUCUGUACUACUGAUCAAAUGCAGGAAUCCCUCCCACCUGUCCAGUUUGACUGGAGUAGCAGUGGCCUUACCAACCCUCUAGAUGCUAGUGGAGGUUCUGCUGUCCUAAACCUCGAUUUCUUUGGGCCCGUGGAUGACAGUGGUUCUAAUGCCGCCACCACAAUCCCAGGUGUGGAUCCAGAGUUAUAUGAAUUGACAACAUCAAAGCUGGAAAGUGUUGGCACCAGCAGCAAAGUAACAGAUGCAUUUGCCAGACUCAUGUCCACGGCAGAGACCACAAGCACAUCCACAAGAAAGCCCAGGCGGGAUGAGAACCUAAGUGAAGAAGCUGCGAAGGUCAUCGCCAGCCUCCCGGAUUUAUCAUUCAUGUACGCCAAGGUGUUAAUGUUCCCAGCCACACUAACACCUUCCACUCCGGUCAAGGCCGAGUGAGAUAAGAAGAAUGUCUUUGGGAGAGAAAUUUUCCAGAAUCACUUGGAUGUUUUAUAUCCAAACUUUUUAAAAAGUGUAAAACGAAUAAGUAAAAAGCGUUGUUGCUUUUUUUUUCCUAACCGUGAAAUAUUCCGAAGAAAUAUCGGCGAGCAGCACUAAAAGGUAUAUACAUUUUCAUGUAUACUUAAACACUGAAUUCUACGUUUCUAUACAAAAUCAGAAGAGAAUUUGUAUAUAAUGGCGACGUGUGAACUUUUUUUUUAAUGUUAGGUAAUACACUGAUUUAUUCUUUCUUAUAAAAUGAAAAACAGACAAAAUGUGAACCUAGAGGCCCCACAUUCACUGCCUGUGUUGUCUGUUCUCACAUCUGACUGAUGCUUCGAAGCUUCUCCCCAAAUCUAUUGAUGUUAAUGUUACAUUUGCAAUGUCCAGUGUUUUGUGUGUCAGUUGUACAGGGGGUCUGACCCUCCCAUAAAGGGACAUGUCUCGUAUUGAAUGCCAGUGCAUUAUGGGAGCAGCAGGGCUUUGUGGGUAUGACCGGUGCAUACGUUUUGUUUCUUUUGCUGCUCGAUUUUAUGAUUCAGAACAUAUCGUGUUCCCCAUCCACCCGGCAUCCCGUGUCUCUGUCCUGGUUUGUUUCUGUUACAAAUGAAGAUCCUUAUAAAGUCGAUUAGGGGGUUCUGAACUGAUUCUGGGUAUGUCCAGCUUGAUUCUGGGUGAUGAGGGACCAAAAAUAAUAUGAAUGUGUUUGGGAGGAAUACUCCUGUUUUGUGUCUGUUGUACCACUAUCUUUCUGAUUUGCACAGUGUAAAGAAGCAUAAUCAUAGGUCGCUAUGGUUUUAGGCUGUACAUACGUACACAAGAAUCUGGGAUGUGUUUGUCUGGGAAAAUUCCUAUGGAAAAAAAAAACCAUUGGAUCUGUAACAACAAGGUCUAAGCGCAUGGCCAAGUUCUUUACAAAUGUAAGCGUGUACAUUUUCUUUUAGCUUACACACAAAUAAAAUUAUUUAAAUAA